CAGCUGUCUACUGUGAUAACUUCACCUGCUUUACAAACAAAAACAACUUGACCAUGAGCGGAGAUCAUGGACAUGGAGGCUCUCAGGUCAAUUCGGGAUCUAAAGGAAGCGAUACUCACAAACAUAAAGACAAGCACAAAGACAAGGAACACAGACACAAAGAUCACAAGAAAGACAAGGAGCGAGAGAAACUGAAGCACAGCAACAGCGAACAUAAGGAGCACUCUGAGAAGAAACACAGAGACAAAGACAAAGAGAAGCUGAAGCACAGUGACGGCAGCUCAGACAAGCACAGGGAAAAACACAAAGAGAAAGACAAGGACAAAGAGAGGAGGAGAGAGGAGAAGAUCAAAUCAUCCCAUGUAGACAGGCCUAAAAAGGAGAAGGAAAACGGACACGUAAGAGACACAAGCCCAGCAGCCAUAAAGAGCGAGCCUGAAGAAGACAACGGCUUCUACCCCUCUCCCCAACACAACAAGUCCACCAAACGAGAGUAUGACAAUGAAGAAUUUGAAUACAAGCCCAAAAAAGUCAAGACAGAACACGACAAAAAGGCAAAGAAGAGGAAACAUGAGUACGAAGAAGAUGAGGAGGACGAGGACAUCAAGCCCAAAAAGAAGACAAAAGACAAAAAGGUAACAGAAGGAAAGAAAGCCAAAAAGGAAGAAGAGGAGAAGUGGAAAUGGUGGGAGGAGGAAAGAUACACUGAUGGCUCCAAAUGGCGCUUCCUUGAACAUAAGGGUCCAGUGUUUGCACCUCCAUACGAACCCUUGCCUGACAAAGUCAGAUUUUACUACGAUGGUAAGCCUAUGAAACUUAGUGCUCCUGCUGAGGAGGUAGCCACAUUUUUUGCCAAGAUGUUGGAUCAUGAGUACACCACUAAGGACAUCUUCAGGAAGAACUUCUUCAAGGACUGGAGGAAGGAAAUGACAUCAGAGGAGAAGUCAAAGAUCACUGACCUGAACAAGUGCAACUUCAGUGAUAUGAAUGAAUACUUCAAGGCCCAAUCAGAGGCCAGGAAACAGAUGUCAAAAGAGGAGAAACAGAAAAUCAAAGAGGAGAAUGAGAGACUCCUCCAGGAGUACGGUUUCUGCAUCAUGGACAACCACAAGGAGAGGAUUGGAAACUUCCGCAUUGAGCCGCCGGGCCUCUUCCGAGGACGAGGCGACCAUCCGAAGAUGGGCAUGCUGAAACGCCGCAUCAGACCUGAAGACAUCAUCAUUAACUGUAGCAAGGACUCCAAGCACCCUAAACCUCCCCCAGGCACAAAAUGGAAGGAGGUUCGCCAUGAUAACAAGGUGACCUGGCUGGCGUCUUGGACAGAGAACAUCCAGGGCUCCAUCAAGUACAUCAUGUUGAAUCCUAGCUCCAGGAUCAAGGGGGAGAAGGACUGGCAGAAAUAUGAGACUGCCCGACGGUUGAAGAAGUGUGUAGAUCGCAUCCGAAACCAGUAUAGAGACGACUGGAAAUCAAAAGAGAUGAGGAUCAGGCAGAGAGCUGUGGCGCUUUAUUUCAUAGACAAGCUGGCACUGAGGGCAGGUAAUGAAAAGGAGGAAGGCGAGACAGCGGACACAGUCGGCUGUUGCUCGCUGCGGGUGGAGCACAUCAAACUGUACCCCAAAAUGGAUGACCAGGAGUACGUGGUGGAGUUCGACUUCUUGGGAAAAGACUCCAUCCGCUACUACAACCGGAUCCCUGUGGAGAAGAGGGUUUUUAAAAACCUUCAGCUGUUUCUGGAGAACAAGCAGCCAGAAGACGACCUCUUCGACAGACUGAAUACUUCUAUUCUGAAUAAACACUUGCAGGAGCUGAUGGAUGGACUGACAGCCAAGGUCUUUCGUACCUACAACGCUUCCAUCACCCUCCAACAGCAGCUCAAGGAACUUACCUGCACUGAUGACAGCAUCCCAGCUAAGAUCCUGUCCUACAAUCGGGCCAACCGGGCAGUGGCCAUCCUCUGUAACCACCAGAGAGCUCCACCUAAAACAUUUGAGAAGUCCAUGCAAAACCUUCAGACCAAGAUUGACGAGAAACAGAAUCAACUGUCUGCAGCCAGGAAGCAGCUGAAGGCUGCCAAGGCUGAUCACAAGGCUUCCCAUGAUGACAAGAGCAAAAAGGCUGUGGAGGUGAAGCGUAAAGCUGUCCAGAGGAUAGAGGAGCAGCUGAUGAAGCUCCAGGUGCAGGCCACAGACAGAGAGGAGAACAAGCAGAUUGCCCUGGGCACCUCCAAGCUCAACUACCUGGAUCCACGCAUCUCUGUUGCAUGGUGCAAGAAAUGUGACGUUCCCAUUGAGAAGAUCUACAACAAAACCCAGAGAGAGAAGUUUGCCUGGGCAAUUGACAUGGCUGAAAAGGACUAUGAGUUUUAAACACACAUGAUGUUUUACCUUUUCUACCCAAGCCUUUGAUUGUAAAGAUGGUUUGUAGUUGAUGUCAAAUGAUUCCACUGUGUGGUUACUGCAGGGCUGUAAAGGAAGACGCUAAAAACAUUGUUAGAGCUGUGACCACAGAUAAAUAAUUGUGCUGUACAUAUGGAUUGAUUGUGAAUAUGGGAUAAUAACUCCUCAACUAUU